GCCCUGCUGAAGCCAGGGGAGGACAGCUGGUCGCUGGCGGAGCUGGACUUCACACGGAGGGGCGAGCAGGCUCCUCCCACUUUCCGUGCGCAGGAUUACACCUGGGAGGACCACGGCUUCUCGCUGAUCAACCGCCUCUACCCCGACGCUGGGCAGCUCCUGGACGAGAAGUUCCAGGUCGUCUACAACCUGACGUACAACACCAUCGCCAUGCACAGCGGCGUGGACACGUCCAUGCUGCGCAGGGCCAUCUGGAACUACGUCCACUGCGUCUUCGGCAUCCGUUACGACGACUACGACUACGGGGAGGUGAACCAGCUCCUGGAGCGCAGCUUGAAGAUCUACAUCAAGACUGUGGCUUGCUACCCGGAGAAGACGACCAAGAGGACGUACACGCAGUUCUGGAGACACUUCAAGCACUCAGAGAAGGUGCACGUCAACCUGCUCUUGCUGGAGGCUCGGAUGCAGGCGGCUCUGCUCUACGCCCUGAGGGCUGUCACCCGCUACAUGACCUGA